AUGGAGGUGGCCAAUGAACUCAAAAAACUCGAUAAUGGGCGCCUCUGUUCCUCUAGUGAGCAGAGCUUGGAGUCUCAUGAAGACACCCGAGCGAGGACGACAAUGCGCCGUACCUAUCGUGGAGGAGCACCACCCCCAGAUCGUAUCCUAGCUCCGAUUACGGGUCAAGCAACCUUCAGACCUUCGACGUCACUCGGCUAUACCGCAAACAGAUCUGACGAAUUCCGAGGUGAAGGCGCUGGCAUUCCUACCAACAACAUGGAGGAUGCGGAGGGAGAAACGCCACGCCAUCUCGCUACUGUCUCUCUCUAUCAGCCCUCUACACUACUCUCUUGGGGCUCUGCUCGGGAUGCAAUCAUCCUCCUUCGUAGUACGGGACUCACGGACGGCAAUGCGUCCCCCCGUCUCCCCGCACACCCCGCGGAGGGGGUUGUCAAGGGCGCCUCCAGCGCCAGAGCAAGCGCCCCAGGAGCCCCAUCCUCCAGCAAGCCCUCUAAAGUCGCCAAAACACCCAAGUCCACCUCCCGCACAACUACCGGAAAAGGUCAGGUCGCAACGGCACUGCCACUCCUCGCUCCAAACUCACCUCAGACGAAGACGCCGAUCCGAUCGACGGACUCCUGGCAGACCCCGGCAGCUUCUCCAGGGAGGCAGUUAAGCGUACUCUCCCGAAGAGCGGAGGCGAGCUUCAAAGCGCGUACUCCUCGAUUUGUUGGAUCGUUCAUCACCAUUGGUUGA